GGGUUCGGGGAUAGAUGUGAAAUGGGGGCGUAAUCAGGGAGUGCCGACCCCUACCAAGAAAAACUGAUCAACCCACACAGAAAAAAACUGCACGAAACCAUUAAGAAAAAAAAAAAGUCCCAGUAAAGAAGAAAAGAACCYGCGGCAGAACUUUGGGGUGAAAAACACGAAAGAAGGGGAAACCGCUACGUGUGGGGGUGUCCUCACGUGGCCCCCCACGUGACCGCGCACGCACCCGCCCACGUGACCCGGCGCKGACAUGGCGGCGGCCGCGGCGCUCCGGAGCCGUCGCUUCAAGUGGUCGCUGGAUCUGGGGGCAGCGCCGGGCGGACGGCCCCGCGGAGCCGCCGAGGGCCGCGGCCCGCUCGGGUUCGCCGACCGGCAGCUCGGGGAGGGCGGCGUCCACGAGAGCGACAAGAUCCUCAUGGAGAAGGUGGGAGGGAGCGGUGGGGAGGGUUUGCCCAUGGCCCGGACACCUCUUGCCACACUGAAGGCCCUGGAGAGCUCGAGCCGGCGGGCGCUGCAGGGGCUCGUGUUCCUGGUGGGCAACGGGCUGGGGCUGGCACUGGCCCUCUACAAGUGCCAGGCCAUGGGGCUGCUUCCCACCCGGCCCUCCGACUGGCUGGCUUUUGUCACCCCGCCACAGCGAAUGGAGUUCACUGGAGGGGGGCUGAUCUUGUGACYCCCUGCGCCCUCCCACCAAUAAAGGCGAUGGCAGGAUGGUGACAUCA